AUGAUAAAUCCAUAUCAGAUAGAGAGAUUAGAAAAUUAAUUAGAAAAGAAGAAGAAGAGAAUUAAAGAAUUGAAAUAGGUUAUUAAUAAUAUGCAAAUGGAACUUUAAUAAAAGAGUAGUUAGAUCUAAGAUUUAGAUUUUAGAUUAAGAUAACCUGUUCCAUAAUCAGUAGUACAUGUUCCAGUACCAGAAGAAAAUUAUGAAUUAAUUAAUUAAGUAAGAUAUAUGGAAUAAGAACGCAAUGCUUUAUUAAGAGAAAUUGAUUCACUUAAAUUUUCUAAUUCAGAACUAUCAUAAUUGUCAUUUAAAUAAGAUCCUGAAAAAAUUAGAUUAUAAUAAGAUUAUACUAGAAUGAUUAAUGAUUUUAGAUUUAUAGAAUAAGAAAACAUUAAAAUGGCAACAAUAAUUGGAUAAAAAGAUGAAUUAAUAAAAUCUUUAGAGUAGAGAAUUAGUGUAGAGUUAUCGAGAUAAUCUAUAUUGUUAUAAUAACAAUCUCCUUAAAGAGUUGUCCUCGAAUAAACUACUACAACUCGUCCUGUAUAAACAUAAUAUGUAAUAGACUCAUCAUAAUCAUAUCUUCCAUAACCAAUACAUAAAUAAUACAUUAUUCAAGAUUAGCCUAUUUAAACUAUUUAACCAACAUUGUUAUAGCAAUAAUAAACACUUCCAAAUGUUAAAAUCAUAUCAUGA